UCCUUUGUAGAAGCCAAGAUGAUGAGUGCGACCAUUUGCACCCCAGUGGUUCUCACUGUCUACAUCUUCACCUUCCUGAUCGGCCUCCCGUCCAACCUCCUGGCCUUCUACACCUUCCUGGUGAAGGUCCGCCAGAAACCCACCCCCGUUGACAUCCUUCUCCUCAACCUCACCAUAUCCGACAUCUCCCUCCUCAUCUUCCUCCCCUUCAAGAUGGUGGAGGCCAUCUCAGACGGGGCAUGGCCCUUGCCCGCUUUCCUCUGCACACUCACCAGCUUCGUCUUCUACAGUAGCAUCUACAUCAGCUCCCUAUUCCUCAUGGCCGUCAGCGUUGAGCGCUACUUGGGCGUGGCCUUUCCCAUCAAGUACAAGCUCCGACGCCGGCCAGCCUAUGCCACCGCUGCCUCCGUGGUCUUCUGGGUGGUCGGCUGUGCCCACUGCAGCAUUGUCUACAUUGUCCAAUACCAAGACUUGAACAGGACCGCACUCGCCAACAACGGGUCCCACUGCUAUGAAGAUUUCUCCGAUAAGCAGCUCCUGGUCCUCCUCCCUGUCCGGCUGGAGCUCUUCCUGGUCCUCUUCUGCCUCCCCUUCACCGUCACCAUCUUCUGCUAUGUCAACUUUGUCCGCAUCCUGGUGGCCUUGCCCAACAUCCCGGUCCGGAGGAAGCAGCGGGCCGUGGGCCUGGCCGUGGCCACCUUGUUCAACUUCAUAGUCUGCUUCGCUCCCUACAACCUGUCCCACGUGGUGGGCUUUGUCCAGAACAAGAGCCCCACCUGGAGGGUGUACGCUCUUCUCCUCAGCACCCUCAACGCCGCCUUGGACCCCGCCAUCUUCUACUUCUCCUCCACUGCUGUCCAACGGGCCUUCACCAAGUGCCUGGCCGGCCUGUGGCACAAACUCAGAACCUUUGUGGUCCGGUGCCAUCUCCCCUGCUUGACUUGCUGUGGGGAAGGGGGCAGAGAGGUGGAGGCAGCCAGUGGGGACGAGGCUGAGGGGUCAACGACUUGA